UCGCUCGCUCCGUCCCUCGCUCGCGGCCCCGCCCACCGCGCUGGCUGUGUCGGCAGCGGAAGUUCCGGAGCGGUUGGCUGAGCGCGAGCCGGGCUGAGUUCCUCUCAGUCUGAAGAGCAGAAGAAGCCGGGAAGGAAGGAAGGACGGAGGAGGCCUGAGCAGUUGAAUCCUUCAUUGGUGUAUGUGCGGUAACAACAUGUCUGUCCCCCUCCUUGCUGAUGCCGUGACCAUUUCAGGGGCAGAGCGGGAGACUGCAGCGGUCAUUUUUUUACAUGGGCUUGGAGACACAGGGCACAGCUGGGCUGAAGCCCUGUCUGCCAUCCGGCUCCCUUAUGUGAAGUACAUCUGCCCUCAUGCGCCCAGGAUCCCAGUCACUCUCAACAUGAAGAUGGUCAUGCCAUCCUGGUUUGAUCUGAUGGGCCUCAGUCCAGAUGCACCCGAAGAUGAAACUGGGAUUAAAAAAGCUGCUGACAACAUUAAAGCAGUUAUCGAGCAUGAGAUAAGGAACGGCAUCCCAGCCAACCGCAUCAUCUUGGGGGGCUUUUCACAGGGUGGUGCACUGUCCCUCUACACGGCACUCACUUGCCAACACCAACUGGCCGGCAUCGUGGGCCUCAGCUGCUGGCUCCCCCUGCACAAGACUUUCCCUCAGGCGGCAAGUAACAGCAUGAACAAAGACACCCCCAUCCUGCAGUGCCAUGGGGAGAUGGACCCCAUGAUCCCAGUACGCUUCGGAGCCCUGACCUCCGAGAAGCUGAAGUGUAUGGUGAAUCCCAGCAAGAUCCAGUUUAGAACCUACCCAGGAGUGAUGCACAGCUCUUGCCCUCAGGAAAUGUUGGCUGUGAAAGAAUUCAUGGAGAAAGUCAUCCCCAGGAUUUGAAUGGAACUCCUCAAGACUGUUGCAGGGAGAGAUGGGGGCGGCCACCAACGACCUUUCACCCUUCACCUGGCGACAGCAACAACAGCAAUGGAAAGCCAUGGCAGCCACUUCCACUCAGCCGGUUUCCCUCCUCUGGCCUUGCCCCCUCCUCCUCUGUGCCCCUCCUGUGCCAAGCGAAGUGGGCGCCCCUCUCUUCUCUGCACAGGACGGUGGUACAGAGUGGCUUUAAGGUACAGCUGAGACCCCAAACAUGGCUGCCUCCGUACAAAUGAGUCUUUAUGGUCAUCUUGAUUUCCGACUUUUCCUGCUCUCCCCUUUCCUCCCUUUUCUCCCCUUUUCCACCCCAGAAAAAAAAAAUUGGCUGCUGCGAAAUGAACUGGGUGGUAGCCAAAGGCUUCAAAACACAGGUGUUAGGAGACUGUUACAGUAUUGGCAGGGAGAAUCUCAGCAGCAGCCGAACUCCCUGAUGAGCUUGCCAUUCUACCCACCCAACACCACCCCUGCCCCCAGUGCCCUGCCUCCUUCCUCUGUGACCCACAAUCCACUGGAAUCGGCUGAGGGGCAGCGGCAAGAUCAGAGCCCUGCCUUCAAGCCACUGCUUGGCUUUCUGGAGUCUGGAGGCAGGGGACCCUCUCCUGGCCAGACUGGGCACCCAUUCCACUGAGCUCCCUCCCUUAAACCCUUGCUCUGAAGUCCAAUCAGUCUGCCAGGCCCAAGGGAGCGUGUGCUGCCAGGGAGGGAGAGCAGAGGGGAGUUGGGUGCCAACCUGGUUGUCCUCCGCCGUCCCAGUCCACCUUGGGGCUGGCUCCUUCCCUGCACUGUUGGCGCACACACAACUCACAGGUUGUGCUGUUAAUUGGGGCUAGUGAGGGGAAGACUCUCCCCAACCGCCUCUGCAGGAUUCAAUGCAAUGUUGUGUGUGGUUUGUGUUGUUUUUCUUUUAAAGCAACCCUUUUGUUUCUUCUACCGUCCUCUCCGCUCCCCUUGUCUUCAGCCCGCUGGGUCUAUCUUGGCCAGUGAGCAUACGUCAAUCUAUCUUUUGGACGUCUGGCCCUCAGAAUCUGCCCCAUUGAGCGGGCAGUGGUUUGUCUGGCUCCAGGCUGCUGCUUUUGGACCUCCUCCAGAGCCCCUCCUUGUACCAGUUUCUGAUCAUAUCGAGCGGCUUUCCUCCCUUUAUGCAUCCGAGCGCAGUCUGUCUUUGAGCCACCUCCCCAUCUGUUCAGUCUGCCGAGCGCGGCGGCUCCUCUUAGCCCUGGUGGCUGGCAUCCUCCCAAGUCCUCGUGCCUGCCUUCCCCCCUCCCUGCAAGGCUGCCCCAUUCAGCAGGAGUUGGGCCCCACUCUCAUUUCUAGCAACGGGGUUUGCUGUUGAACAGCAAAUGUGCUCUGUAACCUCUCCUCCAGUAUCAGCCUCCUGUGUGGACCGAUACAAGAGCUUAAUUCUCUUUCUUUUUCUUCCAGCGAAUAGCUAUUGUUGCUUCCCAUAUUCUGGCAUCUCCUUCAUUGUGUGGACUUGGUUGGUUUGCUUCCUGCCCACUUGAGGUUGCCAGUAGCAAGGAGAGGGAUCCAGUCCCCUCCCAGAAUUUCCUCUAAUGGCAGGACUGGAUGGCUGGCUGUCCAGAUGUUGUUAGACUGCAGCUCCUAUCAAUCUUGCACCAUUGGCUGUGCUAUCUGGGGCUGAUGGGAGUGGCAGCUCAGUGGCAUCUGGAAGGCUGUGGCUGCCUACAGCUGGCUUACAGGAUGCAGCUAAUGCCCAGCAAACAGGAUUAAGGCCAGAUCCUAAUGGAAGCAGGAAGGGCGCUUCCUUCAUCCAGAACACAAUGCCACCUUUGUGGAGCCCCAUAGGCUCUCCUCUUCGUGCUUUCAAGGAAAAACUACCCUACUUGUUCCUCGUACAAGUCCUGCUGCUGCCUACGCUGCUGCUUCCUGCAAUGCUCGCUACUCCUAUCUGAAGCUUGAACUCGCAGGGAGAGUUGACUGUGAACAGGCAUGGCUCCUAUGCGAAGCCUUGCCCCUUUGUCCGCUUCUCCUGUUAGUAGCCGAGGACUCAGGACUAGUAGCCGAGGACUCCAGGAACUUUGCGAAUCCCAGUGAGGCCAAAUAUCUAGUUUCAGGCCAGAGCUGCUCACAUUCAAACAAGCAAAGGGAGAAGCAGUGUGGAAAGGGAGCAGAUUAGAGUGUUUAUUAGAGUUUCUUUGUCAUCAGAGGAAAGCAAUAAUCAUUCCAUUAACUGACAGUCAUUCUAAAGGAGAGGCUUUGACAACGAAGCCGUCUCUUGCUGGGAGGAUUGCAAUCCUUCAUUUGCAUUUCUGCGUUUGGACAUCCCAGUAGGUGGGAGAACUCCGGCCUGGCCUCACUCAAGCAAGGAAGUAGUAAAAUCCUGGAUCAGAUUAGUUAUAGCACUUCAUGACUUCACUGUGUGCAUGUGUGAUUUAUGAGUAUUGCUCUGUAUUUAACAACAAACCGAAAUCUUUGCAAGUAGUUCCAUCCGGCCCCCAAGGAGUUUCGAGACUACUCUCCUCCAUUUCCCACUAGCUUCCUAAUUGCAAGUGGAGCGGGACACAUUUAUGUUGGACCUUUUUGGCACAUAGUCAGAAGCUGUGCCCUUCUGCCACACCUAUGGGCCAGGUCUCUGCUUCCUUACGCAUUGAAGUAGGAUAGGUGAGUAAGCAGGCACAAAGGACUGGCCUCCAGGAACAUCUGGCUGGCUCUUGUGCCUCUCUUCUUCUUCAAGGUCUGUGGCUUAAACCACGAACUGGAUUGUUCCACACAGUCGUGGCACAGAGAACUAUUCUCUGGCCAUCGCUGCACUUGCUGCCGCUUCCAUCCCGGCUGGACCUUUUCCAAAGCAGUCCUCCAAAUGGCUGGCACAUCAUCACGGGUCUCUCUGGGGGAAAUGUGUCAAGACUAGAAGCCCGAGGAAGAAGGCGGCUUCUUUGUUUCUGCACAUGCCCCUUCCCCCCGAGCCCCUCCCUGCCCCCUUUCCUUUUGUCUUCCUCAUAUGUCCUUUUUAUUUUUUGUGUUCCACUGAUGUAUUAAAACAAACACAACCAUCAUGGUGUCACUUGGUUGUUUUGUUUUCUGUAGUCAAUGCAGGCUGGCCUUUCCUGCAGUUGUGUGUGUGAUGCUCUCGUGCAAAAAGCAAGCAAAGAUGAAUGGAAGCUUGUGUGGGAAGCAAAGGAGAUUUCUCUUAAAUGCUGGCUAUUUGAGGAAAGAGUGUCCCUUCCAUUGCCAUUUCUGCACUCAUACACGCUGGGAUGUGGAGAGGGAGAUUCCCAGCCCAGGAAUGUGAAUAAAUGGAAAUCUAAUAAGUUGGA